GAUCAUCUGGCGCAGGAACGGGAUGCGACACCCUGGUAUUGGCGCAUGGUUGCGCUUGGCUCGUCUUUCAUCAUCCUGGGCGGGUACCUCAUGCUGCCGGUGACGUUUGACAGCAACCCAAAGCUACGGACUUCUGUUUCCGUGCUUGGCAUUUUCGGCAUAGCCUUGUUGACAGCAGGCUUUUCCUUUACGGCGCUCUUAUGCUUUGCUGUGCGGAACCCGCUCUAUCAGGCUGAACUGGUCUUCUUACCGGCGCUGACAUCGUGCGCUAUCGGGCUACUUACGAUCUUUUACGACUUCCUGAUCAGCUCGAGAUAUGUCUGGAAUGUCCCGGCGCUAUUGCUUACCAUCGCGGCCGCGAUCAGCACGAUCGUAUACGGUGGGCUACUCAUGUACACCCAUCGGAGAAUUGGUGUGGUGAAGGCAAGAGGUCCAAGCGUUCCACUGCGGCCGCACAGCAUGCAGAGCAGCGUUUCAGGCCCGUGGCAGGACGCGAACUUCUACGAGAACUACAACCGGAAUAUGUUUCCGACGUUUUCGCGAGAGCAGCCACCGCUUCCGGGCUAUGAUCCGAACCAAAUUACGGAGGAGGAGAUGCAGCGGCAGCAGAUGCUAAUGCUGUUACUCCAAAAGGAGCAACCUCCGACGCCGGACCCGUCUCAGAGCACUUUCCGCAUUGAC